AUGCGUUACGAACGGGAGAUUGGGCGUCUCCAAGAUAACCUUUACUAUAGAGAUAACGAGAUCCGACAAGCAAAAUUCACCGUGUUGCAGGCGUUGCCCGAACUAAACACUCCAGCUAUUGAUCCAUAUGUUGACAUAUUAAGAAUCCCGGGAAGCCUAGAUAAAAAUAUAUUUGUAAAGGCGUGCCUCAAGGAUCCAAUUAUCUCUGCUCAUGAUGAUGAAGCAACUAGGGAGGAAAAAGCAAGAAUUCUGGCCGAUGUUCUGCACUCGGAUUGGAAAGCAAAACUCUAUGAUCCUGAUUGGAUGCUUCGCCUCAGGGGUCCGGAUCAGAGAGGAGAUGGAGAAAACGACUUUGUUAUGAUUGAGAUGCCAGAUAUUGUGGCGGUCAAAGAAAAAUAUGGCUAUGAGCUCUACAAUGCUAUUAGGACAGGAUGGCAUGAGGUAAAUCAACGUGUCAGAACAGGUGUGAGCCUGAAGCCGUGGAACUAUGCCGCUCAAAGAGAGCAAAACUUAAGAGAACUACUUGCUCCACUUGGAGAGAGGAUCCGUAGUCUGAGGAACCAGGGUUGA